GCUAAAUCACAGUCCCAACCAUGGCCGAGCGCGAGAACAAGGUCCCCGACUUCGCCGCCUGGCUGUUUGGAAGUAUGAUGCUUGUGUGGCUGCUGGUCGUAGCUAGCGAAUUGCUCAAUGGUCGAUCGCGGCUACUGCCCAUCAUCGCCGGUUUCGUGUUCUUCCAGUCUUUCAAUGGAGCUCUCGGCUCCUCCCUCUCCAGGCACAAAAUUCGUCUCACACCAGCUUCUUCACCCCACGACUUCACGAACAUUGGUGUCUCGUUGCUGCACUCGUUGCUCGUGUCUCUCUCUGUUGGAGCUUGCGUGCUCGUCGAGCUCUACCGCACUGGAUCCGUCGCAAAAAUGCUGGAGUUUGAAAGCUUGUACUCUCGCUCUUGGCCUGGAGCGUACUCGGUGCUAGCCUUCUCCUGUGGCUACUUCGCCUAUGACCAAGUCGACAUGAUUCGCAGGCACCUCUAUCAAGGAUGGUUUCCUCCGCUUCUCGUCCAUCACUGGCUGCUGCUAAACUGCUUCACCCUGGCACUCCUCCGGAACGUUUCUAUAAACUAUCUAGUUCUCACGCUACUCUGCGAGAUGCACUCGGUGUUCCUGCACUGGAGACGCAUAAGCCGGAUGACGGGCAUACGAAAGCUCGGUAGCGUCGCCGUGAUCACGGAAUGGAUUCUCAACUGGAUCACUUACUUCACUUCCAGAUUACUAGUGCAUGGAGUCAUAUCCGUGAAGCUCUACAUGGAUGCCACCAAGUUCCCCAGUAAGAUUGAAUUGCUACUAGCUAGCUCAGGAAUGCUCGGCCUGGACGUUCUAAACAUCGUGCUUGGGCUGGAUCUAUGCCGGGCCUGCAUGAAGGAGAUGAGAACCAAGAAAGCACGAGCUUGACAAACAAAAACACACAUACCUGGAUUGUUUCUCA